AUGCGCCCAGUUCUAGUCGCUUCCGCCGCGGCUGCGGUAGCGGUGGCCACCAAGCCCCAAUGCGGUCUCCGGAGCAUGACCAACCUCGUCACAUUCGGCGACAGUCUCACAGACGAAGCUCGAAUCCUGUACUUCAUGGAACACGAUGGUCAGGCGCCUCCGCCUGGAACAAGAUUCCCUCCCAACAACCAGACUUUGAGCGGCGGCUAUGCCUGGGGACGACUCGUGGCCAAUCUCAGCGGUGCCGAAUACUACAACUAUGGUGUCGGAGGAGCUACCUGCUCAUCCAAAAUUGCGACGAAAAGUUUCGCGGGGUACAACUGGACAGUUCCAACUGUGCUUGAGUACCAAGUUCCUGCUUUCCAACAAGACCUCGGCGUUGACGGCAUGUUUCCCGACCGAAAGCCAGACAACACUGUUUAUGUCCUGUGGAUUGGCACGAAUGACCUUGGCUGGGACGCUUUUCUCUCCGACUCUAUGACCCCUGGUGCUACCUUACCUGAUAUUGUUGACUGCACGUGGAAUUCCUUCGACGGGGUCUACAGUGCUGGCGGACGCCACUUUGUCGUACUCAACAUGCUUCCAUUGGAGCACGCGCCUGUUUAUGCCCUUCCUGAACUUGGUGGACCGGAACACAGUCAGUACUGGCCCGGCAAAUACGAGUACAAUGUUACGCAGUACAACUCCAAGCUCCGUCAGUAUGCAACUAGCGUCAACACGAUGCUCGAGCAGGGCGGGCUGCUAGAGCAUACCAUCAAGAAGCGUUGGCCUGGAGCAUCGUUGACUGUCUUUGAUGUCAACGCGUUGCUGAGGGAUAUCUUGGAAGAUCCGGGCGCUUACUUGAGCUAUCCUGCUAACGUUACUGGGGUAUAUCACUCUUGUCCAGGUGAGGGUGCGGCUCCCGAGGAUUGUGUUGACUCCUCAUUCCCGCUCUCAAGUUUCUUCUGGUACGAUAAUCUACAUCCAACUGAGAGGGUUGUGCGGAUCAUAGCCGAGACCUUCAUCAAGGUUGUCAAGAGGAAGUCCAAGUAUGGGCACUACUACGGAUAG